AUGAAGAUGAGGGCUGGGAACCGCGACUCCAAUGCCAAACCUCAAUCCAUUCGCUACGGCUUCGUCGGACUCCCCAAUAGGAAGAGGUUCGGUGCGGGGUUUGUCAAUGGAGACACGACUCAAUCCACCUCAUCGGUGGGCCUUGUUACGCGCAAGCAUCUGACGAAAACCGAGUUCUUGAGCUGUGAACCUGUUAAUUUCCAUGGGCCAGUUCGGAUCAACGACCAAUCGCACGGCAAUCGUAUAGCGCUAGUUGUCUUCAACAAAACAAAAGAAGGCAGUGCCCCAGUUGCAACCCAUGUCUGCAUUUAUCGGAAGUCCAAGGUGGCGACGACUGAAACGCCUGCCGCCUCCCAGGUAUUUCGUAUUGCGGAGGGACAGGAACAGCAGCAAUCGGAGAAUCAACAAAACGAGCAGAAUGAGGGAGCCUUCUUCAUCAGUGGCCAAACCCAUGAAUUUCAGGGAUCCCUGAACAGGGCUAGAGAUGCGCUGGAGCUGUCGCUUCGCAGUCGUUGCGGCUUCUCGGAUGAAACACAUUGGACGGCGGUGGCGAUUCCGCGCCCCAAAUAUGCAACGGUCACAAACAACAGCGCUGAAAUGGUCAGCUGUACCGUUAAGAACAGGAAUGAUGCUCGAGGCGAGCUAUUGACACCUGCUGGCCUCGCCCUCGCUCUGCUCGGAUUACUUGCUGGAGUGCCUCAAGCCUUUUGCGCUGUGGUGGCAAUCGGCGGACUCAGUCUCGCUGCCGAAUCAUGGAAGGACAUGAUGUGGAUCAAUGACACGAAAAACGACGAGUCAACUGCGAUGCUGUUCCCUGGGGACAAGAUCCGACAUGUUGUGGGAGGUUGGGGGCCAUUUGAAAACGACUACGAUAUUAUAACGAUGCAAAAUCACGUCGAGGAACACACAAAUACCUCCGGGGGUCCAGAGUGGACGGUGAAGCGCAUCCGGGACAGCGGCACGUCCACGCAGAUGGUCCAUCUCCCUCUUGAGCUCCUACAGGAAAUGGUACAGCGCCGGCUCCUGUUUAUAGACGGCCUGAAGCCUUCCGGGUCUUCGAAUCCGUCUAAAAGUCCGCCAUUUGCCCUAGAAGAAGGCUCUGUCCUGUCGUACAACACCGCCUUCAAGUCUGGGCAGGGUAUCUACGAUUGCUGGUACUCCAACAGUUACUGGGGUGAACAAUCCGACACCCUCUCGGAAGCCAAUGAAGAGAAGAAAAUUGCCAUUGUCCAAGGCCCAGAUUCGCAUUUCAAGCCGGCCGGGUACUGUUCGACCGGUUAUCACGUGCGUCAUUUCGGGGAGGACCCAUUCACGCCGGUGCUAGAACUCACACGCUGCUGCUAUAUCAAGGUACCCUCCUCGGAGAGAGAAACAGCUCGUCGCUUGAUCGGCAGGGUUGACGGUUCUGCUGGCGCAAUCGAGUUGAUUGAAAAGAGCGAGAAGAGAGAAAAGAAUACUAGGGCGUAUCAUCUACAGAAGGUGGCUAGAGACACCUACGAUCUGUAUGCUUGGGCAUGGAAAAAGUCACUCACAAUAAGGUCUACCGGCGGCGAUAGAGUAUACUUUGUGGUGAGGAAAUGGUCGCCGGCGAAACGGGCGAUUAGUCGAGACAUUUGGACGUUUAGACGAUGUCAAGUGCCUGUCUCUUGGAUUAGUCGGUAG